AUGCUCUUCUCUUUCGCGCCGCGGCUGGGGACGCGGGGAGGUUCGGCUGUUGUCAUGGGGGACGCCGAGACGCCGGGGCAGUCGCGGGGAGUCCCCGCAGACCAAAGAGUUCAGCCGGCUACAGGUCGGGGAGGAGCCCUGGUGGAGCUCACCCCGACCCCCGGAGGCCUGGCCCUAGUGAGCCCCUACCACACCCACCGGGCCGGGGACCCCUUAGACCUCGUGGCGCUCGCAGAGCAGGUGCAGAAGGCUGACGAAUUCAUCCGAGCAAAUGCCACCAACAAACUAACAGUCAUAGCUGAGCAAAUCCAACAUUUGCAAGAACAAGCCAGGAAGGUACUGGAAGAUGCUCGCAGAGAUGCCGACUUGCACCAUGUAGCUUGUAAUAUAGUAAAAAAACCUGGCAACAUUUAUUACCUUUAUAAACGGGAGAGUGGUCAGCAGUAUUUUUCUAUUAUUUCUCCAAAGGAAUGGGGGACAAGUUGUCCACAUGACUUCCUUGGCGCCUACAAGCUCCAGCAUGACUUAUCCUGGACUCCGUAUGAGGAUAUUGAGAAGCAUGAUGCUAAAAUCAGCAUAGUGGACAGGUUGCUAAGCCAGCCAGCGGCCCUGCCUCCAAGCACUGAACCCACCUUCCAGGGACUGACUGACUGAGAGAGGUCUCUGACAAACAGCUCUCACAGCAAGGACUUCCCACUAUCACCUCCUUGUUGCCCUCAUUUUCUGCGUUGAUGGGAGGGGGCAUGAGAAUUGAAGUCUUGUGGGGGAAUCAUGCACUUCUUGAAAGGAGACCCUGUGUGCAUAUAAAUGCUAUCGUAAUUACUUUCAGUUCCGAUGGUAAUGAAUCAUACCAGACCCAACCAGUCACUUUCAGAGUACUGGCCAGUGUACUUUCCUUCUCCUUUAUCUCCAUCUGUUCUCCCGUAAGUCAGAGCAUUGGAGAAAGAGGGGUGUCUUCUACCCACAUAAAGGUUGGCGAGGCAUUUUCCAGACAGGACUGUUUUUAGUCUUUUUGUAACUGGAAGUGUUUGAGAUUGGGUUGAGGUUGAACAUAGGGGGGAAAGAGAGAGAGAGAGAGAGAGGCAAACCAUAAAACAAACUUUAACAAUAGGGAACAAACUGAGGGUUCAUGGAGGUGGGUUGGGGAUGGGCUAGAUGGAUAAUGGGGAUUAAGGAGGGCACUUGUGAUGAGCACUGGGUGUUCUAUGUAAGUGAUGAAUCACUAAAUUCUACUUCUGAAACCAAUAUUACAUGAUACGUUAACUAGAAUUUAAAUAAAAACUUGAAACUAUAAA